AUUGAAGAGGAAGCAAAAUUCGUGCAUCAUGGCUGCYACUGAUCGGAUGCUCCAACUUCAAGUAGAAGGCCUACAAAACCUCGAGUCCACCCUAGAGGAACACAAAGACAAAAGUAGGAAAUUUGUAAUGUUUAUGGGUGCUAUCGAUGAGACGGGGGAAAGCUGGUGCUCGGAUUGCAGAGACGCUGAACCAGUAGUAGAAAAAGUGCUUGACAAUGCUUCUAAUCCAGCUGAUUGUGUAUUUGUGCUUGUGGUUGUAGGAGACAGAGCAUGCUGGAAAGACCCRAAUAAUGAAUUCAGACAACAUCCAAGUUAUGCUUUGACAGGAAUUCCAACUCUGAUAGAAGUGGGAACAAACAAACGUCUUGGUCCAGAUGACUGCAAAAAGCAAGACUUGGUGGAAAUGUUGUUUGAAGACUAAAUAUGAAUGGAGGAAGAAGCAGCAAUGCAGCAGGCCAACACAAGACAUUUAGACUAACAUUGAUUUUUGAAAGUUUUAAUGCUAGUGAGAGGUGCCGACAUAUGUCAUGYCAAAUGCUUUUUUUAUUUAACAAAAAAUGAAUAACUGUGUUUGAUUAUUUUACAAAAGUGACACAAGUUAAAAUUCA